AUAAACUCUACAGUUAAAUUGAAAACUAGUAUUUCCAAAGACUGCUUUCAAAAAGUUACAUCGCGUGAAAACAGCUUCGGCUCGAUAUUAAAACAAAUGACAGAAAUAAUCGAUGGUGACCGAGUUCUUUGACAGCAAUCGCGGAGUAAAUUUUUCGUGUCGGUUACAUUGCGGGAGCCCCGUUUUGUAUGUUUUUAACAGUAAUAUUGGCCCUACAUUGCGGAUGUAAUUCGUAUGCACGUCAACGAUUAUUGCAAAAAUGUCGAGAAAGGAGACAAAGACUGAGAGAAAGGGACGAAAAAUAAAGCCUAUGAAAAUCGCUGCUCUAGUCGUCUCUGCUAUACAGGAUCUUCGCGAAUCCAAGGGCUCCACGUCCAAAAAGAUUGCCGGAUACAUUAGUUACGCUUCAAGCAUGCCAGAACAGCGCGUCAAACAACAAGUGAAGGCAGCCUUGAAGCGAGGCGUGGAGUACGGUAUUCUGCGAAGAUAUCGUGGCCACUACUUCCUUCCCACCGACGACGAACUGGACCGCGCGAAUCGCACCGCCGUGCGAUUCGCGAGAUUGCCGACGCCCGCGCCAACGCCCGCCAGGUCAAGGGCCAUUUCCUCCCGCGGGCUGAGGGACAGUAAGGGACCCCGAGGAAUUGAUAAUAGAUCGCGAAAGAGUAAAAAAGUUGGGAAAACCCGCACCCCCGCUGUCUCAGCAAGACCGAGUUUGACGGACAAAAUUGCCGGUGACGUCGCGUCCGUGACUGAGUGA